AUGCUUACGGGUUUUGUCCUCUGCACGUCCAUCGAGAACCCGCAGUCGAUCCUCCGUGAUGGCAUCGUCCUGAUGGGCACACCCUGCUACAAAGUGGGUCGGACAAACCGGUCUGAGAGAUCUGUGUUCGCUAUGUAUGCCUCUGCCCUCGUGCGUGUGUGUGUGUGUACAUGCGUUCAGGCUCCCGAGCUCUACGACGGCCAAUUCGACGCCAGAUCGGACCUCUUUGCCUGCGGAAGUCAUAGCGUAGGGGCGGCACACACAGCGAGCGAAUGGAGAAACAAGGCUGGCCACACGUGUGUGCGCGUCGCUCUUUGUUGCAGUUGGCGCCUGAUGACAGGUGAGUGGCCCUUCGCCGUGCCCGAGAGGAGGCAGGGCGAGAGCAAGGAGGAGCAGCCAGGUACGGCACAUCGACGACACAAACAAACCACACACAUGAAUGCACCUUGCCUCCAUGUGUUGGUUGGCUGAUUGGUUGGUUGGUUGCUGCAGGACGUCACCGUGACGCCGGAGAUGGAGCGGCGCUUCCCAGGCGUGUCGUCGCUGGUGCCGCUGCUGUUGGCCAAAGACCCCGCCAGUAGGACACAAUCAGGUCAGUCAGUCUGUCAUCAGGUCACGCCAAAUCCAACCGUCGGCGACGCCCAUUUGUGUGUGAUAAUGGAUACCAUGCAGCACGGCACGCCCCUCUCAACUGCUGGUCUUAA